ACAGACGUACGCUGGCAGAACGCGCCUCCCUUGUAAAAGCCGCCCCCUCCCCUCUCGUCGACCCUCUCCUACCGAGUUGUCGGGUACCACCCGUGACACACUCUUAGUCGAUUAAUCGGCGCAGGGGUUUUCACGUACGAGGAGAAAAAAUAAAUAAAUAAAUAAAUAAAUAGAGAUCGUAGGCGCGGACAUCGCGUUAAUUACGCUCUCGCGCGGGAAAUAGAAGUUGAAGUACUUUGAAACAAAAAAGAAGAAGAAAAGACAUUGUUCUCGCGCGCACACCCCAGAUCCGUCGUUCCAGCGAGGGAUCGAUCGGGAUUGAUCCUCGUUGUUGACCGAAAGAGUGGACCAGGUCUACACAGGGGUUUUUUUUAUCAGUGAUCGACAAGCGAUCCAAGGAGAUCGAGCAGAUUUCUGUUCGAGGAUUAAAAAACGAAUCGGUGCACGCAGUGCCUUUUUCUUUCGUGUUUCGUUUCGCGCCGGCCAUCGUCUCGGUCCCGCCCCUUCCGGUUGGCUACGUCGUCGGCCCGAUACCACGCGUAGACGUUCCGAAUAAAAGUGGCUGAGAAGUGACACUUUUCUUCAUUCGUCUCUGCUGCGAGUUACACAUCCCCUUCGAUCCUUCACAGAGCCAACAGCAUGAUUUCGUCUUCGAGGGCUUUCCCGCCGAUUCUCGCUGUGGCGCUCGUCGCCUGCAUCGGUGUCACGCACGGUAUUAGAUGUUACAAAUGCGGACAGUACAACGAGGGAGUUGGUAGCAUUACACCGUGCAUUAAUUACACCGCACACAUGCUGAAGGAAUGUCCACCCUCGGACGAAUGGUGCAUCAAAUACGUCAGCGAAGGAUCGACAGUGCGAGAUUGCGUGUCCCAUUGCGUGGAAAAAGAGGCCUGGAGCACGAGAACGUACUGCUGCCAACAGGACGGCUGCAAUUCCGGCCCGUCGUUGACAGCGUCGAACAGCGCGUUUCUGAUCCUGGCGAUCUCGCUGGCGGUCCUCAUCAUGUGCCGAGGCCUUCGUGGCUAAUACGUCGUCCAGCAGGAGGACGGAGGAUCCGCGCCAAGAGCGUCUCACCGGUGCCGCAUAGGUCCUUCAAUCAUAAAACUUUACACAGGGGGUUUGGGAAGAGGGAACGUAGCACUUGAGACGUUUGCGCCGAAUGAUCGGGAUUUCCUACAAGCGGAUAGAACACGAAUACGUCGAUGGUUGCCGAUAUUUGGUCCUUCGAUUUUUUCGUUCGACUAAAAAAACCUCCCACGUUAUUUGUAUAAAACACUUUCGUGCCGUAUAUGUAUCAACGUGUGCUUUCUCUUUUCCGACGUUAAUUGUCGUUCGAUGAUUAAUUCCAGCGUUUGUAAUCAAAAUCACGAUGAAGUUUGUAGUAAUCAGCGAGUAUUGCGCAAGUCGAUGUGUGUCAUUCACUAAUUGUUGAGAUAAUUGAAAAAAUUCUAUUGACAGCUACCAUAAGCUGGGAAAAUCGCGUUGAUGUGCUGUGUUCACCUGUUGCUUUUGUCAAUCAUCAGGUUGAUUGAUUUUCGUUUUAUUAUUAUAGCGCCGGAGAGUGUAACGUUUUCUGCAAGUUAACAUCUCAUAGAUAUAGCUACUAUUCAUAUAGUUACUUCGAUUAUAUAGUAAACAUUUCUCUCCGCGCGUGUAUUCAUUGUUUUCCAAUAUUUUGUUUAUUUGAUGUUUUUUUUUUGUUUUAUUGGAAAAAGAUGAUUCAAUUUCAAAUAGCUUUAUUGCAGACAUUCAGUUUUGCGAAUAGAGUGUGUGUGAAAACAAAGUAAUCGAAAAUUUCAAACACGUGAAGAAUAAAUAUUGUAUCGAAGAGAGAGAGAGAGAGAGAGAGAGAGAGAGAGAGAGAGAGAGAGAGAGAGAGAGAGAGAGAAUCAGGAUUGUAUUCUCGAACAAUAGUCUUUGCAUUAAUGAAGACGCCACGUGUAGCAAAUUUACAUCUUCUAUUUUGGGGGCGUCGGUAUCCCGUGCGUCAUACAAUCAGGACCGAGUCAAUUCAGCGAACACAAAACGUACUUGCUAAACUCGGCCGAGUUAAGCGACGCGGAGGAAUCGGCUCGUUAAAUCCCGUUGCGUUAUCGCGCGCCAACUUAUCUCUUUCUCACUUCCUCGCUUGCUCUAUUAAAUUCGCACGCUUCCGCAUACUUUCUCGGAUCGGUUGCUUUGAUAGAAAAGUUUCUGAUUUGGUUUGAUUGAAACUUCGUUUGGCGAAUUUCUUUCUUAUGGAAUUGAAAUUCCACACACGCACACACACACAUAGUUGACGUAUUUAGCGCUCGCUUGUCAAAGGAAAAUCAUCGUAAUGAAGUUCUACGAUGUUUCUUUGAUAAGAUAUGAUAUAUUGCAUCGGUGUAUCCAUUCAAUCUUAUUCUUCAUGGAAUCUCGCUAGAAAGUCUGAAUUCUUGAAAAAAAGAAGAAACAAUUUCAGAUCGUUGAAUUCUCUAUCUUUUCAAUAUUGAUUUACAUUAAGAACAAGAAUUUUGAAAAAAAUUCUCAUAUUUACGUUAUAAAAAAGCAUAUUCUGUUAAAUCAGCACCCGAGUGGAAAGUUACACGCAGGACCCUCCGUGUCGAUCCCUCAGCGUUAGGAUUUGUUUUCUCGGAUCUUUUCCCGUUGAGAGUACGACAUUUUGUCGGCGGAUUGAAUUUAUUCAAAAAGUUCCGCCGUUCCAUUUUUCGUCAGGAAUUUUAUCGACGCUUCUCCCGCCGCCUUUCCUGUCCACCCGCUUUUCCCCGGUACAUGUGAGUUUAAUAACAUCGGGACGCGGCCGGUGGGCAGGUCGGCGGGAACGAAAAAGCGACGGUCGAAGAGCGCGAUAGCCGAUAUAUCAAUAUUUCGAACGCAUCGCGUCGCGCGAUCUGGCUCGACUUUCGUGAAUAUUUCGAUGCGCCACUGACAGCGGACUUUUCGUUAUUAGCGCUGCACUUCUGCAAGUCACGCCAUGCAAGAAUAUCGCAUUGUUUCAUUAUUAUCCUAUUAAAGUGUGAUCCUUUCAAAUUUUCCUGAAACUCACGUCGAAGAGAAUAUUAAACAGUCGACCUAUUUAAAACAAAUUUAAAUGUUCGAUAAACGCUUUCAACACUAUAGACGCAAAAUAAUUUCUAAAACAAAACAAAAAAAAAGAAGAAAAAGUCUUUCCAACCCUGUUUGAACAGUCUCUAUAAAGUUUAUAACAGCGUUAGAGUGUGGCAUAUAUUUAAUGUGUUUUUAAAUUUCCAAAGUGUGAAGAGCGCUAUUAAAACUGACACGCCGAUGAGACUACAAGAAUAUCGGUGGCGUGUAUGCGCUUUAUAAAUGAGUUAUUGAUGCUCGAGAUGCGGCGUCAGGAUGAAUAUUGUUCGGGAACGUUGCUUUUUUUUUCAUAGGCAUCUUUUUUAAAGCUGUUGAAUCCCUGUUGAUCCUUUUGACAUUGAGACGCUUAUCGAUUGUAUCGUGUAUUUAUACACGACGCAUCUUUCAUUAUGAGAAAAAAAGCGAUGCGACGAGAAAAAGGAUUUGACCUUCUGCGACCCAGUUUUUUGCAUCGUCCGAGCGAAGCCGAUUAUUGUCUCAAAGAUGAGCUUUAUCACAUCGAAAAGAGAAAGCAUGCGGCACAAGAUGAAAUUCAAACUCGUUUUUGCUUGUAUAUCUUCCGUCAAGUUUUGCCAUUUCCUGCAGUGUACAUAAAUAUUUCCCGACGUAUAAGGGAAGAAAUGCUCCCCCUCCGAGUCUAAAAAUGCGAAAAAUAAAUUAUUCAUACCGUUGAAUCUGAAAUUGGAUGCAUUAUCUACCGAGAAAAUGCAUUUGAGAACUCCGGUUCAAUUUUCUUUCGAGAAAACAAGUAUUUUAAAAGUUAAUUCUCUCUUUCUCCUUGUACAUAUAUAUAUGUAGAUACAUAAAUAUCUCUAUAACAAACGACUAUAUUUCCCGAUAUUUCGUUUCUUUCAUGACGGGAGUAUCGCGCGUGUUAAAAAGAUCCUAAUCAAUGGUUCGAGUGGAGUACGUAACAUAAAUGGCAAUAGGAUGUCCUGACAUAUCCCGUGUUUCUUUUGGGCCACUUUAGACGGAUAAUGUUCUUCACAACACAACGCGCAGCCGCGAUUCGCUACGAGCGAAGGAGCAUCGACAGCUCGACGGCUCGGAGCGGAAGGAAAACCACGACGAUGUUCUCCGCGCAAAAGCCGGUUAUCAAUACAUUGGACCAUACUCGUUGUCAAUGACACGCGUUUACUAAAAGACCGAGUUAUAUCGCGCGGGAGCUGAAUCGGCGGCAGCAACAACAGCGAACAGAGGGAUGUUGCUUCUGUCGCACGACACCUCGUAGCCGUAAGACACACACAAAAAUACGGAAAAGAAAGCGAAACAAAAAAAAAAUGACGGAAGAACAGAAGAGGAUUGAAUAAGCAAAUAUAACGUGGUAAAAAAAAAAAUCUACAUACAGAUAACGUUUAACAGAGGAACAGUGAGGAUAAUAAUAUAAUGAUGUUAUUAUUACUAUUAUUAUUACUAAUUACUAUUACUACUAUUGCUACCAUAAAUUAUACAAAUUACUAUUGAACUACUGUGCAUCACACCGAGUACAUACAUUACAUAUAUGGUAGUUUACAAUCGAUUAGGCAAAUGCGAAACCAGAGGAGUCGAGUCGACUAAUUAUGUAAACCGCUUUAUAAGUAGCCUUAUAAAUUGUAAUUAAACUGCGUAAAAAAGAAACGAGCGAGAGAGAUAAAAUAUAUAUCUAUGUGUUUACACCGGGUGACGCGAAAGAUGACAAUGACGUGUCUUUGUUGCAUCUUUGAGGUUUCGACAAAAGUAAUUAUCUAACUUUUACUAUCGGAUAGAAUAACAAAAACACUUUUUUCUACAUCUAAUUUCAAAUAAAUUUUUAUCAAAAACGUCUGUGAAAGAUAUGAAACGCAAUAAUUUACGCGAAAGUAUAACUUCAUUCUCUCGCGGCUGGUGAUACACGAUUAACAUUUCUUUUUUUUAUUCUAAACGUUAUGUGCAAAUUUAAUUAUUCCGUUUUGCUCGCUAGAAAUAACCAAGAAAGGAACUUUGUCCGGUUCCUACUGCAUUAAUUAAUUACAUACAUCCAAUACAUAUAUUGAAAUCACGAGCAGGGGUAGGUGAGAGAGACUUAAAAAAAUAAAAAUAAAAACAAUUCCUAAACAAUUUUAGAAAAAGAAUUCAUCUUAGCGAGUAAGAGCAGAGCGCGGUUAGAAGAUAAUCCGUUGUCUGUUCGCAGAAAGAAAAAAAAAACGUUUAUAGAUGAACAGCGCAAGCCUGACAACACGAACAUGCGAAAGACAUCGCAAAGACAUCUCCGAUAUAGAGACGGUCGCCAAACACACAUAUACACGUGUAUAAGUGUGCAUUCCGAAAUAUCCGAAUAAUUAAAAACCACUUCGCGAUCAAAAAUGAGUAAUGACUGAUGAUGAAUAAUCAUUGUUCGUCGCAAACGAAUACUAAAUAUUUUUAUUCGCACAUAAUUAAAAACGAAUAAUGAAUAUUCUUAUUCGUUGUUUGCGCGAAUCGUUCAAUUAUAUACCGUCGUCCUAAAACGCCGUCUCAGUCUUCUCGUCUUUCGUACGUCUUCCGGACUUUCUCGUUGCUCAGGAAACGAACUACCUAUCUCGCAACGUAGAGGCAGACGAUUUAUCUAACGUUAGCACGAAUUUAUAUAUAUAUAUAUAUAUAUAUAGGAUAACGUUAAAGCUAAUCUAUCUAUCGGACGUCGCGUCGGGCGAUCAAAACCGUCGAUUGUUAUUGUUGGAAAAAGAGAGAGAUGUGUGCGUCGAGGUAUAGUAGCCGUUGUGGCGGUUGCGGCCCGGAAUUAAUGAUUGACGGAGCGGGAGCGCCAGCUCGCAUCGACUUAGUAUAAUUAGCGCAGGAUCGAUAUAAUCGUCUCCUCUCCCGCGACGAUUAAUACCCCGAUCGCAAAAUCGCACGAGCCGCACGCGCGAUUAGGCGCUACCGCGGAGAUUGCAUCGACGGUUGGUGGCUGGAUUAUAUCGAGAGACUUCAGGUCACUUGAUCCAAUUCAUUCAGCUGCCGAUCGGGGGAUUUAUUCGUCGCCGAUACGUCUUGCUUAAGCCUCGUCGUAUACUUUUAUAAACUAAGAUGCAUCAACGCAUUUUCCCCUUUCCCCUUUCCCCUUUCCUUAUAAAUUGAUCACUAUCACUUGCGGUUUGACAAUUACUUGACUCAUUAAUCUCUUAACUCAUUGUUCUUGCGACUUCUACCCUUAAAGCUCGUAAUUGUAAUUUUAUUAAUUAAUGUAUAUUGUAAUUUUAUUGGAAUCAAACGAUACGUGGUAAUAUUUUGUUAAUUGUUGUUUGACCGAUUAUGAUAAGUUAAAUGGUAAACGUCUCUCUCGACAAAGAUAUUUUGAUAAAUGUCUCAGUGAAAAAACAUACAAAAUUACUCUUCAAAAGCAUUUCGUCAGAGAAAUAAAUCCUCUCUCUCGAAUCACAUUUCGCUCUGAAAAUUUGUAGAAGUUAACGUACACGUUUCUCACACUAAAUAAAAAUAAUAAAUAAAAAAAUAAAAAAAAAAACAAAUUAUACACAGACGCGCUGACAGGACGCACAGAAAUCUUUCGAAUGUUCACAUCGUAAAUGAUUCAUAGUUGAUUUCUUAGCACUUAAGGAUUUUACUAUAUAUAUAUAUAUAU